AUGGCUAGCACAACAAACACGCGUCAUUUACUAAUUACUGGCUCCCCUGGCGUUGGUAAGACAACAUUACUUUGUCGAUUAUGUGAAUUAGUAAAAAAAACUUAUCCUGAUAUUGUCUGCAAUGGUUUUUAUACCAAAGAAGUUCGCGAACACGGUUUUCGUAUUGGUUUUGAUGUGAUAAGUAUUGACCAAAUUCAACAACAACGAAGUGAAUUAGCACGUAUUGAUAAAUAUAGUCAUGGUGGUUGUAGACAUCCACGAAUCGGACAAUAUAAUGUUUUUGUUGAAAAUUUUGAACAAAUUGCCAUUCCAAUAUUAAAUUCUAUUCAACCACCAUGUAUUUGUUUCAUUGAUGAAAUUGGUAAAAUGGAAUUAUUCAGUGAAAAAUUCAAACAGAUUAUUCAUUCAAUUAUUGAACAAGAUAAUAUAAUACUUGUUGCAACCAUUCCAAUAAAACCAGUAGCAUUUGUGGAUAGAAUAAGAAUUAGAAGAGAUUGUCAAUUGUUAACUGUAACAAAAGAAAAUCGUGGCUCAAAUUUAGAAAUAGAUUUAUUGGCAAAAAUAAAACAUUCGUAUGACAUUCAAUAUGUUCGUGUACAACAAGUCAAUACUGGAAUUCAACGGCAUGCGGUAAUAGGUCAAGGAUGGCAGACAUGUAAUAAUCUUACAAGUGGAGCAUCUGCUCUUCCAUGUGAUCAAACGCUGGGUUUAAGUUGUUACUCAAACUUUAGUUGUCAAUGUGCAAGUACGAUGUAUUGGGAUCGAAAUUAUUUAAUUUGUCAAACCAAAAAAUUGUAUACGGACAUUUGUGACGGCAAUUUUUAUUGUAAUGAAACAUUAAAUUUAAUUUGUCCAACAGUACCGAAUACUUGUAAUUGUCCAACAUUUAGCAGUGAUUAUACAUGUGAUUGUCAGCCAAAUUGGUUUUAUGAUGGUAUUCGAUGCGUUAAUCGGAAAUCUAUCAAUGGUACCUGCCCCGGGUCGUAUGCAUGUGAUAUAUACACACCAUUAGUAUGCGCAUAUGGUGUAUGCACCUGGUCCCAAGUUCAAGACUGA